CCCCAGAGCAAAUCCACAAGCAACCCGAUACCGGAGACGAGCGGUCCAGACAAGCCUGCAAACGAGGCGUUCCCAGCCGCUCCUCCGCCCUGCUGUCUACAGUCUGCCGAGCACAGAGCUCUGCGCACGGUCAAUGCCAAACACAUGCAAUCGCCGCAGGGGGAAAAAAACAGCGAGAAGAGACGUCCGACCCCCGCUCCCGUAACUCGCCGCGAACCAAAACGGGAAUAACCGAUCCUCGUCACGGAGGCGAUCGACCAUAUGGAUCAUUGAUACGGCCGGCGGCUUCGGGUUUGGACGCGCCGGAUGAAGUGAGACGCGGCGCCGCCGCGGACGAGCUCGCGCGUCGAGGCUAGGCUAGCGGGACUCGGUAGCAUUUAGCUUCAGACUAGCCAGACAGUCAGACGUAAAUAUAGGAGCAGUUCAGCCCCUCGGGUUGGGUGUAAAAUCACUCGUGGAAGGCGGGGAAGUGUUUUUUUCUGUGCCGGGGAGAGGAACCCAGAAAAGGUUAUUGUGAUUUAGAGGAGCGAGUAGCGCUCGUCUGUGUUGUUUUAUGGUAAUAUUAAACCUAGGUCUCUCUACUUCUAAGUUUUUUUCUCCUACUUCUCAGACAGUCCGGGGUCCAUGUAGCUCCCAGGAUAGCAUUAGCUAUUAGUAUGGACGCUGUGGGCUGUCUCGUUGACGCCGCUGCCGAGCCAGUCGGCUACCCGGGUUGAUGCUGGGUCUGAUCAGGACUACAGGAUCGAUAUCGGCUUUAUUUUGGAUUUGGACUGCAGGAAAUGAGUGAUAUUUGGAGCAUGUUAGAUUUGAGGGACAGAAUAUGAGUGAUAAUUGGUUCAUGUUGUAUUUUGAGGGACAGCACAUGAGUGAUAUUUGGAGUAAAAUGCUGGAUCUGGUCAGAUUUUAAAUUUUCGGUGAUACCAAGUAUCCAAUAAAGAUAUUAAUCAAUCGAUCCAUCCAUCCGGAGCCCACCAUGUCUGUCUCCACUUUGAACGUUUGCCGUGAUUGAGAGAACAAGUUGGUUUGAUUGAGCCGUCUGGAAGAAGAGAAGGGGGACAAAUAUAAACAGUGUGACGACCAGACAAGAGGACGAGUGAAGUAAAUUUGGAGAGGAUCCAGGCUGGAUCAGCGGCAUGUCUGUGGGCUGCGUAACGAUGCUCACACUCGCUAAAUUUGGGAUUUGUGCGAUGAUUUUCCUCAGUCCAGUGGCUGCGGCGCAGGGCGAGGAGCGGGAGUGUGCCUACACAGAGCAGCCCCAGCAGUGGGGCGUGGACCGCGUGCCAGGGUCGGAGGGCCGCGUCUCCCCGGAGAACACCACCGUGCGAUGUGCCAACGCCGGCCACUGCUACGGCCUGUGGGAGAAGAGCCGGCCCGGGGAGGUGCGCCCGGUCAAGCAAGGGUGCUGGGGCCAGGGGGAGCACCAGCAGGAUUGCCGUGACGACAGUUGCGUGGCGACCAACGUGCAGAUCCUCAAUGGGACGUUCCACUUCUGCUGCUGUGGCAGCGACAUGUGUAACCUCAACUUCACCGAGGACCUCACCCCGCCCAGCCCCACCGUCGUCCAGCCCAUCCACGGCCGCACGCUGCAAUACGAGGAGACGGUGAUCAUCGCCCUGGCGUCCGUGUCCGUUCUGGCCGUGGUCGCUGCGGCGGCGCUCUUCGGGUACCGCAUGAUGCGUGGAGGUUGUAAUCAGGGACUUCACAACCUGAACAUGAUGGAGGCCGCAGGCUCAGAGAGCUCCCUGGAUCUCGACAACCUUAAGCUGCUGGAGCUGAUCGGGCGUGGCCGCUACGGCGCCGUGUACUGCGGCUCGCUGGACGAGCGGCAGGUGGCGGUCAAGGUGUUCACGGCGGCCAACCGGCAGAACUUCCUCAACGAGUGCUCCAUCUACCGGCUCCCCCUGCUGGAGCACGACAACAUCGCGCGCUUCGUGGCGGCCGACGAGCGCACCGGCGCCGACGCGCGCACCGAGUACCUGCUGGUCAUGGACUACUACCCCCACGGCUCUCUCAACCGCUACCUGGGCCUCCAGACCAACGACUGGGGGAGCAGCUGUAGGCUGGCGCACUCUGUGACCCGUGGCCUGGCCUACCUCCACACCGAGCUCUGCAAAGGAGACCUGUACAAGCCCGCCGUCUCCCACCGGGACCUGAACAGUCGUAACAUCCUGGUGAAGGCGGACGGCGCCUGCGUCAUCAUCGACUUCGGCCUCUCCAUGAAGCUCACGGGGAACCGCCCACAGCGCCACGGCGAGGAGGACAACGCUGCCAUCAGCGAGGUUGGUACGAUCCGCUACAUGGCCCCGGAGGUCUUGGAGGGCGCGGUCAACCUGAGGGACUGUGAGUCAGCCCUGAAACAGGUGGACAUGUACGCCCUGGGCCUGGUGUACUGGGAGACCUUCAUGAGGUGUACUGACCUCUUCCCUGGUGAGUCUGUCCCAGAGUACCAGGUGGCCUUCCAGGCUGAGGCGGGGAACCAUCCCGUGUUCGAGGACAUGCAGGUGCUGGUGUCACGCGAGAAGCAGCGGCCCAAGUUCCCUGAGGCCUGGAAGGAGAACAGCCUGGCGGUGCGCUCCCUGAAGGAGACCAUGGAGGACUGCUGGGACCAGGACGCCGAGGCCCGGCUCACAGCCCAGUGCGCUGAGGAGCGUCUGGCCGAGCUGCUGCUCAUCUGGGACCGCUCCAAGUCCGUCAGCCCCACGCUCAACCCCAUGUCCACCACGCUGCACAACGAGAGGAACCGCAUGACCCCCAAGUCGGGGCCCUUCCCGGACCAGCCCUCCUCCUACAUCGAGGAGCAGGAGGGCGUGGCUAAGAACGGCCCGGCGGAUGGCCACCCCGCCGGCGGGCCCCCGGCUCUGGCGGGCUCCGGCGCGCGCACGGGGCCCCCGCCCGGCGAGCGCGACCGCAACUCCAUCAACCAGGAGCGGCAGCAGCAGGCCAGCGCGCGGCUGUCCAGCCCCGAGGGCAGCGGCGGCGGCGGCGGGGGCGGGGGCAGCCCCUCCACCACCACCACCACCACCCUGCUCUCGGAGUCGGAGGGCUCGGCGGGGGGCGCCCCGGCGGUCCCCGUGUGCCUGCACCUCACCCAGGAGGACCUGGAGACCACCAAGCUGGACCCCAAGGAGGUGGACAAGAACCUGAAGGAGAGCUCGGACGAGAACCUGGUGGAGCACUCGCAGAAGCAGUUCUGCUCGCCCGACCCGCUGAGCCCCGGCAGCUCCAGCCUGCUCUACCCGCUCAUCAAGAUGGCCGGCGGGGCGGCGGAGGCGGGCGGCGGCGGCGGCGGCGGGGCGGGGGCGGGCGCGGCCUCGGGGGGCUCCUCCCCCAUGCCGCCGGCCGCCUUCCCGCUGCCCAAGCAGCAGAACCUGCCCAAGCGGCCGUCCAGCCUGCCGCUGCGCACCAAGCCCCCCAAGAAGGAGGGCUCCUCCUCCGCGCUGCGCUUCAAGUUCGGCCGCUCGGGGAAGUCCAACCUGCGGCAGGUGGAGGGCGCCAAGACCACCAACGUGGGCGUGGGCGCCGCGGCGUCCGCCGCCGGCGAGUCGGCGCACCGCGGCACCAACAACCUGCCCGCCCGGCGCGAUCUCCGCAGCAACGGCGGCGUCGGCGCCAACGGGAGCGUGACCGCCAACGGGCAGGCGAACGGCGGCGGCGGCGGCGGCGGCGACGGCCGGUUGAGCCUGGGCGUGAUCACGGCCAGCCCCGACGAGCAUGAGCCCCUGCUGAGCCGGGAGCGGGAGCCGGCGGGGCCGCUGCUGUCGGCGCGGCCCAACAGCAACAACAACAACAGCAACACGGGGCGGGGCCGCGGCGAGGGCGAGGGUGAGGGGCCCGGGGAGGAGGGGGGGGCGCCGGAGGAGCAGCAGCAGCAGACGGAGGAGACGGGCCCCGAGAACGGGCCGCCGGCGGGCGGCGCCGACCCCCCCGCACCGGCGCCGGCCACGGCCACGGCGGUCACCAUGCGGGGGGAGGGGCUUCUGAGGCAGUCGCGGGGGCGGCGGCCCGAGAGGCCCAACUCGCUGGACCUGUCGUUCACCACGCGCGACCUGGCCUCGCUAGGGGAGGAGCUGGGGCACCGGGACGGCACCGCCGCCACGGGCGAGAAGAUCAAGAAGCGCGUCAAGACGCCGUACUCCCUGAAGCGCUGGCGUCCCACCACCUGGGUCAUCGCCAUGGACACCAGGGGCCCCGGGGACGACGACGACGACGACGACGACGACAACAACAACAACAGCAACCACCACAACUGCCACCACCACCACCACCCUCACCACCACCAGGGCGGCUCCAACGCCCACGCCACGCAGGCCCGGGGCCGGCCCAAAUCGGCCACCGCCGUCUUCGCCGGGGAUCCCAGCGACACUCUAGUGUGAACGCCCCCCCCCCCCCCCCCCACUCUUCUCUUUUCCUCUCCCCCCAAAAUCUGACACUAAACCUGUUAUUUUGUUUUUGUUUGUUUGUUGUUUUGUUUGUUCUUGGUCGUCAGCAAGAGGAAGCUAUGGAUCGUGCGAGCGGGAAAACCCGCCCCGGGUGGUCGUGUACAGCAACGUUUUUAUUUGUUUGGUUUUACAGACCGCGCCCCCACGCCCCCCCCCCCCACCUCCUCUUCCCCUCCUCCAUGUGACUCUUUUUAUCCGUGCGUCGCUUUAAAUGGAAAUCCAGCUAUGCAGCAUACUCAUUGGCUCCGGUCGCGGUGGUACGUUUGAGUUUGAUGUCUGUCGUUAGCCUGUUGGUUGGUCGUUGUUUCUGAGUUGUAUUUUUGUGGUCUUUCGUUUGGUUUUCAACUGAAUCGUUCCGUCGCGUGUGGACGCUGUGGUUCCCCCAGAGAUGCACUUUGGACCAGAUGGACGCGAGUCUGACUGUGUUGCCACGAUGACCGCGGAAUCGGAGGCGGUCUUUAAAUCGGCGACGGGAAAACAAUCAAAAAAUUUUGGAUUUUAUUUUAUUUUUUAUAAUUUUCUUAUUUCGUUUUUUUGUUUUAUUUUGUUUGUUAUUGUUUGGGUCAACGACAAGCAGAGAGUAAAGCUCUGUAAAAAAAACACUAAUCGUCCGUCUUAAAGACAAAAAAAAGACUUUUUUCUCAAUUUGUAUGCAAUCAUGUCCUUUCGCUAUGUACCCAUUCUUUGUAUCAUAAUUUUUUUUAAAUGUGCAAUAGAAUAUAGCUUUUAGAUGAUUUCUUUUUUUUAAGUUUCCCAUUUGUUAAGCCUUUUUUUUUUUUUAUCAAUGUGCUAUGUCGAUAGUUAAUCUAUGUUGCACUUCCAAAUAGUCACAAUCAAUCGUUCUACAAUCGACCAAGUCGCCCAAUCUCUCCUUCCUGUCUCUGGACUAACGCUCAGUGUACAGACAUCCUCCCCCCCCCCCUCUCUCUCCUCAACACCGAGAAUCAAUCUGACAUACAAAUGCUGUUCUACGGAGGAGGAGGAGGUAGUAUGAGGCCCUCACAAUCAAAACUCAGUUCCACCGAUUGAACAAAAUGGAGGAUUUUUAUUACGCACAGCAACCGCACCUGGAAUGGCUCAACACUGCAAUGUCUGGACGUAUUUUUUAAUGCGUUUUUAAUUUUAAUUUUUUUUAUUACAAUCACGAGCGAGCUGGGGAGAUGACGAACGAAGCGAUGGAGUCGUCGUGACGACGACAAACCAAGCGACGGAGUUGUCGUGGCUCCGAGGACCCCUUUUGGCGUACAACAUCAAUCUGUAGUCCUUAUACCCUGGACGUCCUGUCUUGUACGUUUGUCAGUUUUUGUCUAAUUGUCUGUCUGUCUGUCUGUCUCCAUCUAUCGCUGUCCGUCAAAAUGGCCAGAGAACACUUACGAAGUAUAGUAUCGUAGCUCUUUUAAAGACCGAACAAAAUGGAAAUUGACGUAUUUAACCCCCACUCGUAUAACCAACCAUAUUUAUCCAUUUCUACAUUAAACUCUAAAAUAAGCUAAACCUACCUUCCUCUAAAAGUGGACAUGGUUUUUCUUGAUCGUGUCACAAUGUUCUGAUGGGCGGGGCUGAACAUUCCAACCAAUUGUAAGGGGGGAGGGGGGUUAUAGACUUUGAAGACUGAUGUAGGCCUAUCACCCAAUCGUAAAUUAUGAAUGAUCAAAAACCACAUCCGGUCCUACGUUUAGUCCCGCCCUUAGAUACAGUUUGAACUACGCCACCUGACGGAGACAGGAAACCGCCUGAACGCUGUUUGAUGUCUUUUUAAAAAGAAAAGUUGACAUUUAAAGAAAUUAAACGUUGGAAUAACGCUGGAUUUAA